AUGCAGGAUUUUAUCCUCACAGUUGAAGAAGUGAAGGUCUUUGUCGGAUUUCUUCUUUUUGCUGGCUACCAUAAGCUCCCUGCUGAGAAGCUACACUGGUCUGAAGAUGAAGAUGUUGGCAUACCAAUUAUAAAGACAGCUAUGUCAAGGAAUAGAUAUCAGAAGUUGAAAACAUUGAUUCAUUUUCAAGAUAAUGACUUAGCCAAUGAAAACAAACACAAUUGCGGAUUCAAAAUUAGACCCCUCUUGAAUAUGAUAAAUGAAUCUUUUCAAAAAUUUGGAAUAUUUGAGGAAAAUUUGUCAAUUGACAAAUUGAUAGUCAAAUACUAUGGACGAAGUGGCCUGAAACAUGGCUACUGUUUCAAAUUUGAUUUAUACUGUGGAAAGGAUCCAGAAGAUACUGCAAGGGAUGACCUACUAUUGGGAUCAAGAGUAGUCCUAAACAUGCUGAACUGCAUUGAAAAACCCGAGAAUCAUUGUGUGUACUUUGACAAUUUCUUCGCUAGUAGAGAUCUUCUGAUUCAUCUGAGAAAUUUGAGUUUUCGAGCAACUGGGACUGUCAGAGGGAAUCGAGUUGGUGACUGUCCACUACUGAGCAGCAACGAACUGAAAAAGACAGUUCGAGGAAACUAUGACUACCAGAGAAUGAGGAAUGGUGAAGUCUUAUUUGUUCGAUGGCACGACAACAGAUUAGUUACAAUUGGUGCAAAGUUUGACAAAGUUGAACCUUUGGGAGCAGCUAUGCGGUACAGUAGACAAGCAAGUAAGAAGACACAAGUGCAACAACCUGCCAUUUUGAAGUCGUAUAACGCAUACAUGGGAGGUGUUGACCACCAUGACUGGUUAGUUGGAAAAUAUGCGACGGUAAUUAGAGGGAAAAAAUGGUACAGAGUCCUAUUUACACGUGUGCUGGAAAUGGCCCUUGUAAAUGCCUGGCUCUUCUACAGACUAGUACAUGGGAAAAAUGCACUGGAUUUACUGGAUUUCAGACUCGCUGUUACAGUUACAUACCCGAAAUUGGGCACUGGAGGACCGAAUAUUGGGCGUCCAAUGGAAUACCCAUCAAGUCAGUUGAGAGUGAUUCCAGACAUCAGGUUUGAUGGAAUUGGUCAUAUGAUUGACAAAAGAAGCACGCAAAGAAGAUGA